AUGACAGAAACGAAUCGAUCUUGUCGAUAUUUAAUUAAAGAACGACUGUUCACAUUAGGAAAUGCUUUUAAAAUUAAAGACGAAUCUGGUCAUGUUCGAUACAUAGUUCGAUCGAAAAAAUGGACUUUGAAGAAAAAACUUGUCAUUGAAGAUACAAAUGGAAAUGCAAUUUUGAAAAUUCGAGAAAAUGGCGUGCGUUUUCUUGAUCAAUUUCAUAUUUUAUCAGCUCGUGAUGUUAUACAAUUUAUUCCAUCUACGGCGAAUAUAAAAUCAAAGGACUCGAUAUAUUCGAUCAUUCCUUCGUAUUGA